CAAGAGGCACAUUUUUCCUCUGGAAGCUUUAUAAAUGGCCCAACGCCCCAACUUCAAUCAGUAGCAUUGUGUUUGCUUUAGUUAACGUCGACAAGGAUUUGGUAUGUCAUUUCUCUCUCUGUCUCCAUUCCCGCGAAAUUUGAAGUUACUUUCUCCAAAUCACUCCGUAUAACAACAACUUGCGAUUCUUGUCACACACUGCUUUUGAUGUGCAAGUUAAGUAUGUAAUCAAUUCGCUUUGCAUUUCUCUGAGUCAUUUUCUCAAACACCUUCCGCUCAAGUUUUGAGAACCCAAGAAAUUGGCUCAUCUUGCUUUAGCGCUCUAUACAAAUUUCCAAAGAUUGAUUUGCACAUUCUUCAAUCAUGAUCAGAAUCCGAUCUAAGCUAUCUUCUGUGCUGCAACGCAUCAGCCAGACCAAACAAGGCGCGAAUCACUUUCGUCGUCGUUUAGUUAAUCCCAAUGUUUUUGACACUGCUUUAGCUCCUCCACUAAAUUUUGGUUACUUACCGAGGCUCUUUUCAAGUUCAUCUUCAAUCAGAAGCCUUGGGGUGUCAACUGAUUCCCCUGCUCUAGGAUCAGAUGAGGAUAACGAUGAUGGCGAUGAUGAUGAUGAUGAUGAUUAUGUUGAUGGCAAUGAUAAGAAUGGUACUAGAUUACAUAUAAGGGAUGUUGUUCUUGCCCAAGAUGUUAAAACCAUUUUGGAUAUAAUGCACGAACCGGGUUCUCGACCAUCUGAGAUUAAGCAUAAGCUUGAGCUUUGCUGUGUUAGGGUGUCGUCAGAGCUGGUUGUGGAGGUCCUUUCGAGAAUUCGCAACGAUUGGGAAGCCGCGUUCACGUUUUUCUUGUGGGCUGGGAAGCAACCGGGGUAUGCUCAUUCGGUUCGUGAGUACCAUUCCAUGAUCUCCAUCCUUGGGAAAAUGAGGAAGUUUGAUACUGCUUGGAACUUGAUUGAGGUGAUGAGAGGAGGUGGAACUGGUCCGUCUCUUGUCACCCCGCAAACUCUCUUGAUCAUGAUCAGGAAAUACUGUGCUGUGCGUGAUGUUGGGAGGGCUAUAAACACUUUCUAUGCUUUUAAGCGGUUUGGCUUUCAAGUUGGGAUAGACGAAUUUCAAGGCCUUCUUUCUGCCCUUUGCCGGUACAAGAAUGUGCAGGAUGCUGAGCACUUACUUUUCUGCAAUAAAAAUGUAUUCCCUCUUGAAAUCAAGAGCUUUAACAUCAUUCUGAAUGGAUGGUGCAACUUGAUUGUUAGCGCGCGAGAAGCAGAAAGGGUUUGGCAUGAGAUGAGCAAGAGAGGAAUCCAACAUGAUGUUGUGUCCUAUGCAAGCAUCAUGUCUUGCUAUUCAAAAUCUUCCAAACUUUACAAGGUGUUCCAGCUGUUUGAUCAGAUGAAGAACAAGAAGAUUACUCCAGAUAGGAAGGUUUAUAAUGCUGUCAUUCAUGCUCUUGCGAAGGGUAGGCUUGUGAAAGAAGCUGUCAAUCUCCUUCAAACAAUGGAGAAAAACAAUGUUACUCCUGAUGUUGUUACUUACAACUCGCUGAUCAAGCCCCUCUGCAAAAACCGCAAAAUUGAUGAAGCCAAAGAAGUUUUUAAUGAUAUGAUGAAGCGGAACAUAACCCCAACAAUUCGGACUUUUCAUGCUUUCUUCCGAAUAUUAAGGGUUGAGGAAGAAGUAUUUGAGCUUCUGGACAAAAUGAGAGAGCUAGGGUGCUACCCAACUAUUGAGACUUACAUAAUGUUGAUAAGAAAGUUUUGCCGCUGGCGCAAGCUGGAUGAAGUCUUUAAGAUAUGGAAUAUGAUGAGGGAAGACGGAGUCAGCCAUGAUCGCAGCUCUUAUAUUGUACUGAUUCAUGGGCUGUUUCUGAAUGGAAAGGUGAAGGAAGCACACGAUUAUUACAUAGAGAUGCAAAGGAAAGGGUUCCUCCCUGAACCAAAGACAGAACAGAUGCUGCAGGCAUGGCUUUCUGGGAGACAGGGAACAGAAGGCCAGGUGACAGAUUUAGAACACAAUCAAUUGGAAGAUGAUACUGUUGAAAAGAAAGUCAAGGCCACACCCAGUAAAUUUGAUAAGGAAAAAGCUUUUCUUCGCGAACCCGAGACCAGAAGAGUAACAAGAGAUCGGGGCUUUUCUUUCUGGGAUCAGUAAAUCCUUUUAUAUAACAAGAGGUCCAAUGUCACUUCCUUUAUCUAUGGACUAUGAACAUACGCUUGACUCUCGGUACCCUUUUCAAAUUUGAUUGUGUACUCCAAAUAGGUGCUUGCCAUGCUCUUUUCUUGGAACUUAUCCAGACUUCAAGAGCCUUGGUGCCAUUCUUAAAGCUAGGAAACCAGGUUUGUUAGUUGCAACACAGUUGGAAACUUUGGGUUGAAAUCUUUACUGAUCUAAAUGUCAUUGAUUGCUCCUUUGCUACUGGUUAACCUUGGCGAAUGUUGUAAUGCUGGAGCUAAACUUAGGUGCUUGUAUAUGUUCACCAGCUUUGGAUAAAUUCCGAGCAGGUGAAGCUAGUAGAAACUUGAACAACUGUUUUGAUCUCUUCAAUUGCAGAGAAAAAUGAAUUCAUAGUUGCUUGCUGGCUGGGACCUAUUAUCACAGAAUCUAGUCCAGAAGUAAAAUUAGCACAGAAUGAGUUAAAUUAAUAUGUUCGACCUAAGUUUCCUAUGAAGUAUGUGAGGCAGCUUCACUAAAUGACCGAUUCUUGUACGGAUUAGAGAAGCUAAAGGGAGAGGGGAGCUGCUUAGACGAGCUGGACUUGUAUGUCGUUGCUGUCAUGCACUCAUGCUUUGAAUUUAACGGCUGGCUUUGUUUUUCCUAGCUAAACAAAAAUUUCAUUUCAAAUUGGUAGAAUAGGGAUUCUACUCAUGCUUUGAUGAUUUUAAUUGAGGAGGCCUAAGCAAUGCAGUCAAUUUGUAGGCCUUCAUUGAGUGAAAAGUAUCUAUCAAUGCAUUUGGGAAGGCCAUUCUUUGUACAAUACAUGGGCAAAAGGAGUGCUAGAUGGUAUUUCCCCAUUUGAUUUUAGAGUAACCAUAUGCGUCAUACUUGGUAUCCGUAUGCCCCUAUGGAGUUGAAAACAAACUCUUUGACUUUGGUUUUUAGUUUAC